AAGAGGUGACAAAGAGCGAUUAAACCCUGUUGAUACUGUGAGACAAUAUCUCGUAAAUGUCGUCCAAUGUCUUAUUGGCGCACAAGCCAUAAAGGUUUGUCACGGCCGAGGUAUGCACAGUAUGUUGUGGAGAUAGGUAGGCACCUAUAUAAGUUAUUCAAGUCACACCUGCUCAGGUACCUGCCUCAUAUCCAAGUAUCUAGAUAUAAAGAUACCUAGGCAUUGGGUAGGCAUACACCUCCAAUCCUAAACCCUAGAUCAGCCUCUCCAAACCAAACGCAGGACACCGAGUACAUACUCGAACAGAUCGCCAAAAUGGUCAAUAUUACUACAACCCUCCGCAUCGGCUACCUGCUCUUCCCCGCCUUCACCGCCAUCGACGUCUUCGGGCCCCUCAACGUGCUAAACCUUCUCUCCCUCACGCACCCCAUGACCCUCUCCCUCGUGUCGACGGACCUCUCCCCCAUCAGCAUCGACCGCACUAUCGUCGACGGCGCGCCCGCGGGAUCGCUGUUCGCGUCCGCGGCGUCGCCGCUCUUCACGCAGCUCGUGCUGCCGACGCACUCGUUCGCGGACGCGCCGGAGUUCGACGUCAUUUUCGUUCCCGGGGGCUACGGGACGCGGGACCUGGAGCGCACGGCGCCGCACGUGGCGUGGCUGGAGAAGCGCAUCUUGGGGGGCGGGGUUAACAACAGCAGCUAUCAUGGCAUUGGUAGCCAGCCUCCCUCCCCCCUCGCCUACACGAUGUCCAUCUGCACCGGCGCCUCGCUCCUCGCGCGCGCCAACGUCCUCCGCGGGCGCAACGCGACGACCAACAAGGCCGCGUUCAACUGGGUGCGCAGCGUGCCCCGCGCCGAGUCCGUCAACUGGGUGCCCGAGGCAAGGUGGGUCGUGGAUGGGAACGUGUGGACGAGCGCGGGGGUCAGCGCGGGCACGGACAUGACGCUCGCGUGGGUCGAGGCGCUGUAUGGGCGCAACGAGAGCGAGAGGGUGCGCAAUGUGAUGGAGUGGAACGCGGUGAAUCGCACGGAUGACCCGUUUGCGGCGUAUUUUGGGUUGGUUUAGGGGGGGGGGGUAGGCACCUAGGUCUAGGUAGGGGGGAAUAUAAGAGUUGAUGCGGAGAGUGAACCCCGGGAGGAGAGAGUGCUAGGCACUCUGAGAUAUACAUAAGAGGGUUGGUGGACGUGGAGAAAAGGUAACGUCAGUUAGGUACAUAUCUAACCUACUCAAUACCCCUAGAAACUCGGUGCGUUCGGCGUUAGCAAAUGAAAAAAGCAUCUACUCCCCCCCCCCCC